AUGCAACGUCAAUUUCACAGCAACCCGGGUCCUCGUUCUAACACUAAGCGCCCGUCCAACGCCUCGGUCGCAAGAUCCACCGAUGGCAACAACAUCGCCCAGCUGUAUGCCGUCUUUGGUCUACCCAAGGACCCAGCCGUAUGGACACUGGCCGAAGAGGACUGCACCAAUGGCGUACACCACAUCGAAAGCGCCGUCGGUCGCUUCUGGCGUCCCGAGGUGCUAGGCUGCUCCAUCUGUCCCCCGGUCAAUCCCACCGAUGAAGCACUCAAAUCGCCUCUUUCUCCGACCACCUCCUCGGACAAGAAGGACGCAAGCAACAAUGCAUGGGGCUCCGACAAGAAGAACGGUUCCAAUCCCAAGUUCAUCGAGAUGGCUGAUGGUCGUGGCGGCGUCGAGCGUGCAGAGACCGCUCGUGUCUUGUCCAAAGCACUCAAGCUCUCCUUUACACGCGAAAUCGAGAUCUCGUCCGGCCCCAUCAAUUUUCCUCCUUCCUCGACCUCGCACACGUUCUCCUUCAGCGUACCCACCGUCAAGUCAUCUGCUUCAGGCGGUGCUGCUCGUCCAUCCACCGACGUGCGCAACGCCACCGCUCCGUUCUCGGUCGGCGCCGCCAAUGUUCACAAUGCACGCUCUUUUUCGGCCGUCGGUGAAGGCUUUGGGCUUGAAGGUGUCUCGUCUCGCCUCCCUGCCAGUUCUGGAGCUGCGGGCGAAGAUACUCCUAGCGUUGCUACCUUUUACGGCUCAGUCCUCACUGUCUGGAGUGCAGCUGACGAAAAGCGGGCGAAAGCCAUUCGCAAGGAGCUUGGCCGUCUCGCCAAAGCGCGCUCCAACGGCCGCAUCGGGGCCAAUAAGUCCGUCAACAACCAAGGUCAAGAAAUCGAAGAGGACUACGAAGGUACCAGCGUUCUCGGCCACUCACUCCUUCCCGACAACAAUGCAUUCUUCAUGCCUUACGCCAUCUGCAUCAUCUCCAGAUACCCCAUCUACAACCUUCUUGGUGACUGGAACAAGGCCGCUUGGUUCAAGUACAGCCGCAACAUCGAGAUGCACAACAAGCUCAUGGCCGCCAUCCUCCGUCACCCUGCACCGCGCAUCGGCGAAACUUUCCGCCUUCAGUCGCCCGACGAGGACCUCUCCUUUGUCUGCACUUUCCCUGGUGCGCUCGAUUGGGGCAGAGGCUUGCUCGGCAUCGACUUUUCCAUAUUGCACUAG